CUACAAUAUUAACUACAGAUGUUACUCAAAAAGUCUCAUGACCAAAUUUUGAAACAAUAGAUUAUAUUCACUAAAAUUAUCAUCAAACAUUUUCAUUUACUUUAUUAAGAUAUUUAAUAAUGUCAAUAAGUAACUGAUAACUGAUAAGGUAACUUAGACAAGUUGAUGGACAGACGAAGACUGAACAGCAAACGCAUUAUAAAUUUACCGAUCAAUAAACAAAUGAUUACAAUAAUGAAGAGUAAUUUAAUCUCUAGCUUUUUUCUAAUAAAUUGAUCCCGAUAAUUUCAAAGAAUAUACUUAUCUACUCCAAUUUACUACAAGAAAAUAAUUUUCUCCAUAAUCCAACAUCUAGCAUUGCGCAGUAGAGAAUCAUUAGAUGCAAUUUGCUGAUUAUCAAUCAAUUUCUCUACUUAUGGCCACAAGGGAGUUCUACAAGUCUUAAGAAUGACCGGGAAUAAAGUGUCUCAUUAUAUUGUGUUUCACAAGCUUACCAAAGGUCUCUUGACUUUUGCAGGACUUUGGCCUUACGAAAAUUCAAAUUAUUUCUACAAAAUCCUACCGUACAUUGAAUUAAUCAUUAGUUUAGGAAUCGUGAUAGCAAUUUUCGGUUUCGUACGCCAACAUUUUUCCAGUGUCAGCCUGGUUACUCGUGGCUUAAGUAUUAUGACAAGUUUCAUUACAGUUAUUUUAAAACUAAAAUGUAUGUCGACAUAUCGAGAAGAUUUAAAGGAGUUGCACAAUUACCUUGACUCUUCCUUCACUGCGUUGCUUGAAAAUUCAAAACUAACAAAACCUAUUUUGGAAAAAGUUCAAAUUUUUACAAACUUAUCAAUUGUUUUUACUGUUUGUGUUUUAAUUUCCGUGUGUUUUUACAUUAUAAACCCAUUAAUUUUCAUAAUACAGCAUUAUAAACUCACGGGAGUAAAGUAUCCCUUGAUUUACCCGAGUAGUUAUCCUUGGGAAGUGCCACCAAGUGGAUUUUACUAUCAACUUCACUUUUUAUUUGAAUUACUCGCAUCAUGGACAUUGCUUCUUGUCACUACGGGUAUCGAUUCCUUAUUUACCCUUUAUAUUUUUAUGAUGAUUGGCCAAUUGCGUGAAAUGUCCUAUUCUAUGACACACAUUGAUGAUAAUCAGGACAAAGAUCUUGUGAUCCGUAAGUGUAUUGACCAGUAUGAGAAUUUAUUAAGAGCUAAAGUAAUAAUUGAAACCCUUUUUGGGCCCGUAAUUUUGUGGAUCAUCGGAACAAACGCAAUUGUACUAUGCACGCUACUGUUCCAAAUAACGCAGAUGAAAAGUAUAUCGAUGCUACGAGGAGUGUUAUUCACCACAUACUUUACAUUGAAGAUUGUCCAAACUUUUAUGUACGCUUGGAGCGGUUCUUGUUUAACUGAAGAGAGUGAGAAAUAUCGUUAUGCGGUUUACGCAUCUAAUUGGUACGGAGACAAGCGUCUUAUUACUACUGCAAUUAUUACGAUGGCUCAAAAACCAUUGACGCUGACUGCUUGCAACUUUGGCGUGGUUUCAGUUGAUAUUUUUGUUAUGGUGCUUAAUACAACAGUGUCGUAUUUUUUCCUACUACAAACUCUGGAUCAGUGAUGGUUGCUAUUAUUAGUUUGUUGAGAUGGUGAAUUGUUAAUUUGAUAUUCAAUAAAUUCUAUUUUUCAAAAUAAAAGUCUUUUGAAAA